AUUACCGUUUUUGUACUGGGAGUAAAGUUUUCUCUUCUUAUAGCAUGUAACCACAACUUCCUCAUGUUAGGAUCUGUAGGUAUCUGUGAAACUUCAUUUUCACAUCUUUUCUGCGUCUAUUGCAAUUCACAAUUCACCGCACUGCAAGAUUCAACCAUUUUUAAACAAAUAUCACAUAAAACAACAGCUCUUGAAGGCUGUCCAUCAUAAAA